UCCUGCUUCUCCCGGGCUCAGCCUCUCUUCUCUCUCUCUCUCCCUCUCUCUCUCUCUCUCCUUUAAUAAAAAGAUGCCGAGCUCUCUCUUCACCGACAUGGAGCGGAACCCCGGCGGCAGCAGCAACAAUAACAACGGAGGAGGAGGAGGAGGAGGAGAGACGCUGGAUGACCAGAGAGCGCUGCAGAUCGCCCUGGAUCAGCUCUCGCUGCUCGGUCUGGACAACGACGAGAACUCCAUUUACGACAACGAGCCGAGGAAGAAGAGCGUCAACAUGACCGAGUGCGUGCCCGUGCCCAGCUCGGAGCAUGUAGCAGAGAUCGUGGGGAGACAAGGUUGCAAAAUCAAAGCUUUGCGGGCAAAGACUAACACCUACAUCAAGACCCCGGUGCGCGGGGAGGAGCCUGUCUUCGUUGUGACCGGUCGCAAGGAGGAUGUGGCUAUGGCCAGGCGGGAGAUCAUCUCGGCGGCCGAACACUUCUCCAUGAUCCGAGCUUCCCGCAACAAGAACACGGCGCUGAACGGCGCGGCGCCGGGGCCGCCCAACCUGCCGGGCCAGACCACCAUCCAGGUGCGGGUCCCUUACCGGGUGGUGGGGCUGGUGGUGGGGCCCAAGGGGGCGACCAUCAAGCGGAUCCAGCAGCAGACCCACACCUACAUCGUCACCCCGAGCCGGGACAAGGAGCCGGUCUUCGAGGUGACGGGCAUGCCCGAGAACGUGGACCGGGCCCGGGAGGAGAUCGAAGCUCACAUCGCCAUGAGGACGGGCGGGUUGAUCGAGCUCACGGACGACAACGAUUUCCACGCCAACGGCACCGACGUGGGUUUCGAGCUGGGCGGACCGGGCAGCUUGUGGAACAAACCGACGCCCGGCCGCAAACCCUUCUCCACUUACCGGAAUGACAGCUCCAGCUCGCUGGGCAGCGCGUCCACCGACUCUUACUUCAGCCCCGCCGGCCGCCUGGCCGAUUACAGCCCGCCCGCCCACUUCCCCGCCAACGGCGUGAACGGGAACGGCAGCAGCUUCGUGUACGGCGGGGAGCACCUGCCCGCCUCCCUGCCCGGGGAAAGCGAGCGGGACCUGGGCUUCGAGUCUCCCAGCUUCGACCCGGCCCCCGCGCCCCCGGCCUCGGCCAUCAUCUGGUCCCAGUUCGAGCGUCCCAACGCCGCCGGCGCCUCCUCCAGCAACGGCGGAUCCUCGGCGCAGCAUCAUCAUCAUCACCAUCACCAUCAGCAGCAGCAGCAGCAGCGGCGGGCCAACAGCGUGGGGUCGGCGGGCGCCCCGCCGCCCCGGCUCUCCCCACCCCCGCCCCCCCCGCCUCCCCCUCCGCCGCUGCAGGUGAACGGCGCCGCCGAGCACCAUCCGCUGGCCCGGCGGGUGCGCAGCGACCCCCUCAGCGGCGUGACCUCGGCGAUCGGCCUGGUCCCCUUCACCAACGGCGGGGGGCCCGCCGCCGCCGCCGCCCUGCUGCCCGGCGGCGCCCACCUCGCUGGCGGGGUUGCCGCCGAGCCGAGCGGCUCCUGCUCGUCCUCCUCCUCGUCGUCCUCCUCUUCCUCGUCCUCCUCCAGCAUGAGGCGGAAAGGCAGCCGGGACUGCCUGAUGUGUUUGGAGAGCGAGGUGAUCGCUGCCUUGGUACCCUGUGGCCACAACCUCUUCUGCAUGGAGUGUGCAAACAGGAUCUGUAAGACCAGUGAGCCCGAGUGUCCUGUCUGCCGUAAAGCUGUAACUCAGGCUAUACGUAUAUUUUCUUAAUACAGCAGCAAAACAACCAAGCAGAAAGCAAGUCCUUUGUAAUACUGCAUUACCAAGAUCCAGAAGAGUAAAGUUAGCAAAAAAUUAAAAAAAUAAAACUACAUAUCGCGUAUAUUAUGUGAAAUCCGCAGGUUUAAGAAGAGAAUUCUAAAGGAGAAUUGCGUUACAGAUUGAAGUAUUUUAUUCUUUUUUGACUUGAAAAAUUAUAUUUCGUAUGGCAGAUGUUUACAAGUAUUUUAAUUUAAUUUCAGUGAGACUUUUUUGUAGCUGGGUUAAAUCUUUUUAUUUUCGAAUGGCCUUAAACCAGGGCGCCACGAACACUGUAUAUGGUUUUGUUACUAUCUCACACAAUACUGUUGUCUGGGUCUUGAGGCCACACCGUGUGUAAUACAAGCAGUAUUCAGGAGGGAAGACGGUUGAGUAGAAAUAGAAAUGGAAAAGAGAGACUUUUAAAAACCCGCUUCACCCAGCAUAUUUUCUAGUCAAUGAUAUAAAACAUAUUUUAUUCUAUAUUAUUACGAAAAUAAAAUUAUAAAAGUAGCAAAAAUCAAUGAAAGGAAACAGUUAAGCUUUCUAACAUUUGUACAAGUAGAAACCAGUGAAAAAUUACAAAUUCUGUUGCACCACUAUAGUUUUUAGUAUUUCUAUUUUAAUACAUUUGUUUACCACUUGUUUAUGUAUAUGUAGGUGAAGUUACUUGAUCGUAAAUGUACUUUAUUGAGCAAAGUUUAAAAACGAAAUAUAUUUUAUUUUAUGAUAAAGGGCCUUUAACCUCAUGGUCAAAUACUAAUAUUAUAUUUGCUGAGACGAGAAUUGAAAUUGUAUCAAGAGUUUUAUUUUUCUGACAUUUAAAGUUCUACAUAAUAAAGGUAAAACUUAAGUAAUGGUGCUACUUCAUGUUUUUUUUAAGUAUUUCUAUAUAAAUAAA